AUGUCCGGCCAGGGGUAUCCGACAUCACCUACCCCAAUACACCUUGACGGUACUACUCUCGAAGGUGGAGGCCAAUUGCUGCGCCUUGCGCUCUCGCUCUCUUCACUGACGCAAAUACCAAUUUAUGUCACCGACAUCAGAGGUAAACGGCCAGGGAAAGUUUCCGGCCUGAAAGCAUCUCAUCUUGCCGGAGUCAAAUGGCUAAGUAAUGCUACCGCCGCGACGACUGAAGGCAUGGAGGUAAAAAACCCUCUAGCAGCAGAGCAGAGACUACAGUCAACAAGGGUCAAGAAUGAACACGUCAGCAGAACGGAAGGCGAAAAGGAAGGCGUAUGGGAAGACAUCUUCGAUAAUGGUCAAUUGGUCCGGCGCCAGUCUCACAUCCCAAUGUCCUCGCCCGGCUCCAUUCUCUUAGUCUUGCAAGCAAUACUCCCGUAUCUACUCAUGUCAAAUUGCAACAAUGUGGAAGGCCAGAAGACGGUCGUACCGCUUCGUGUUACCAUCGAAGGCGGUACGAAUGUGAGCAGUUCUCCAUCCAUCGAAUAUUUUUCGCAGGUUCUUCUGCCAAUGCUUUCUCAAAAGUUGAGCAUUCCUCCGAUCACAACUUCGCUACAUAAAAGAGGCUGGAGUACUGGAAGAAGUGAGAUCGGUAGUGUGACGUUCGAUAUCGAACCUUUGCCUCAGGCAUUCGUACUCCCAACAUUCUCUUUCCAGGAUAGAGGCGAAUUGGCCAAAGUUCACGUCUCGGUUCUUGCGCCAGAAGCUACAGCUAGGAACAGAAUCAGAGACAAAGUGACCGCGCAAUUGCUCGCGUACAGCCCUGAAAUCGAGAUUUUGUUUCCCGUAGACGAGAAUUCUGGAAGUGAGAAGCGUUUGUAUCUUCUUCUUGUUGCAGAAACUUCGAAUGGUUACAGACUUGGACGCGACUGGCUGUUUGACGAAAAGGCACGAGGCUUGAGCAUGGAGCAAUUGUGCGAGAGGCUAGUGUCAAAGGUCGUGAAAGACCUCAAGAAGGAAUUGAAGCAUGGCGGGUGUGUGGACGAGUAUAUGCAGGAUCAGACAGUGGUGUUCCAGGCUCUUGCUGCAGGGAAAGCAGAAGUCGAUUGUGGGAUUGAAAGAGAAGCAACCUUGCAUACGAAGACCGCCAGGUGGGUUACUGAGCAGAUGAUAGGCGCGGGCUUCGAUGAGUUGGGAAGGUGUCAAGGAUUGGGAUAUGCUGUGGGGGAGGACUUUCAGAAAAGAAGUGGGAUGCCAUUACAGGCAUGA